AUGCACAUUCUAAUUGCAUUACUAGUGUAUGAUGACGUCUUUGCUCCUGCUAUUUUCUCCUCACAUUCUGAUAAUAAUAUGUCAACUUCUAUCGGCGGUGCAUUGACUUUGACGAUGAUGUGUGAUAUGAAGACUGCCCCAUUUUUCUACAUUCGGUUCACGGUACAUCAUGCAAGCGAAUACCGCUCAACCUUCUUACCUUUCACCGUAUCUCGUUUACCAACGUACUUGCCUCUCUAUGGUUAUUCGGGUCGUAAAUUUAAUCGUACUCUGCUUUAUUUGGAAAUGAGCCCAUCCACAUUUAAUGAGAGAUUCUCUGAAGAUAUUCCAAUGUCCUUCUUAAGACUGCAUGCGCCUUUCAGGACUAUUAACUUAACAAAGCUCAUAGGUACCCGUUCUUUAGCAACCGCCUCGCAUAGUUUCAAUAGUAAGAAAAACUCUCAAGGAAACUAUACAGUUACACUUAUACCUGGAGAUGGUAUUGGACCUGAGAUAUCAGAGUCGGUGAAAAGGAUCUAUCAUGCUGCUAAAGUACCCAUUGAGUGGGAGGAGGUUACCGUGGUACCUUAUUUGAAGGAUGGCAAGACUGUCAUCCCAGAUGCGGCGUUGAAAUCUGUGAAAAAGAACACUGUUGCUUUAAAAGGACCGUUGGCAACACCGAUUGGCAAGGGUCAUGUGUCUCUCAACUUGACUCUGAGACGUACUUUUAAUCUGUUCGCCAACGUGCGUCCAUGUAAAUCAAUUGUGGGUUAUAAAACCGUAUACGAUAAUGUCGAUACAGUAUUAAUUAGAGAGAACACGGAAGGAGAAUAUUCGGGCAUUGAGCACAUGGUCGUUGAUGGCGUCGUUCAAUCUAUAAAGCUUAUUACCAAAAUUGCGUCCGAGCGCUGUGCUCGAUAUGCAUUCCAACAUGCUCGGGAUAUUGGUCGUAACCAUGUUACUGCCGUGCAUAAAGCUAAUAUAAUGAGAAUGUCAGACGGUUUGUUCUUGGAUGCAUGUAGCGAAGUCGCCAAAGAUUUCCCAGACGUUAAAUUUGAUGACGUUUUGUUGGACAGAGCGUGUCUCCACAUUGUACAAGAUCCUUCUCUUUACUCGAACGUUGUAAUGGUAAUGCCUAACUUGUACGGAGAUAUCUUGUCAGAUAUGUGUGCCGGCUUGAUCGGCGGUCUUGGUCUAACACCGUCUGGUAACAUCGGAAGAGAUGCCUCGAUUUUUGAAGCCGUACACGGAACGGCACCCGACAUUGCUGGCAAAGAUCUAGCAAAUCCUACAGCUCUGUUGUUGUCUUCCAUAAUGAUGCUUCGCCACAUGCGACUCAAUACUUAUGCAGAUGUAAUUGAAUCUGCCGUAUUAAAAACGAUCGCCGAGGGUAAGAAACUGACACGAGAUUUGGGCGGCACGGCGUCAAAUACAGACUUUACGAACCAAAUUAUUAGUAAUUUAGGGUCUGUGUGA